CGAAAAUUGCCAUCAAAUUUGUCAAACGUAAGAAAGAAACAAUCAGCUGAUUUUUUGCAUGUUUCGUUUUUACUUUCAUGUUUUAUUUGUAUUGUGAGACGUGUGCAGUUAGUGAACUGGAGUGAAAAUGCCGAAGAAGAAGACAGGUCAACGCAAGAAGGCCGAGAAACAGAAAAUAAGGCAGAAGGAGAUCCGCGCGUCUCGCGAUAAUGUAGACCUCGCACAGCAUCCGUGCAACCUGCCUAUGGAGUGCGACAAGUGCCAAAAGAAGCAAAAGAGCCGCGCGUUUUGCUACUUCUGCCAGGCUGUGCAGCGCCUGCCGGCGUGUGCUGCGUGCGGCAAGAUAAAGUGCAUGCUGAAAUCCGGCGAUUGCGUCGUGCGCCAUCCUGGCCUCUACACUACAGGCCUCGGCAUGGUGGGCGCCAUCUGUGACUUCUGCGAGGCGUGGGUGUGUCAUGGGCGCAAGUGCCUCACCACACACGCCUGCACCUGUCCCCUCAUGGAUGCCGUCUGCCUGGAGUGUGAGAGAGGCGUGUGGGAGCACGGUGGCCGCGUGUUCCAGUGUUGCUUCUGCCGCGGUUUCCUCUGCGAGGACGACCAAUUCGAGCACCAGGCCUCUUGCCAGGUGCUCGAGUCUGAAAACUACAAGUGUCAGUCAUGCAACCGACUGGGGCAAUACUCGUGUCUGCGCUGCAAGACGUGCUUCUGCGACGAGCACGUGCGGCGGCGCGGCGUGAAGGCCGACCGCCGCGGCCUGCCGCCCUGCCCCAAGUGCGGCUACACCACGCACCUGACUGCGGAUCUCAGCAUGUCCACGCGCACGCACCGCUACGGGCGCCAGGGCGUGGCGCAGGACGACGACGACGACGACGCGGGAUACGGAGAUGCAGGAGACUACGGCGCCGAAGGUGAGGACUAUUCAUAUUCGGACUCCGAGGAGGAAGGGGACGAGGUGUCUGACGAAGAGUCCGACUCAGAGGAGGAGAGGUCCGGCUCGUCGCCUCUGCCCGCGGCCGCGGCCGGCUCCUCCAGCGUCAAGUGAAUAAGUGGGAUCGUUAUCGUUUACGAUCGUUUGCUUACUUCAAUAUA